AUGGCUAUUUUCGUAACAGGCGGAGGCGGAAAGACCUCCAAGGCCGUAGCUUCGCAGCUCAAGGACGCCAGUAUCCCCUUCGUUGUUGGAUCGACUCGCGGGGUGCAGGCAUCCUCGCAGGGCAUUGACGCCGUCAAGUUCGAUUGGACUGACGAAUCAACCUACCCCAUCCCAUUCGAGCACGAGUUCUCCAAUGGCGAGAAAAUCACCGCCGUCUACAUCGUGGCUGGUCCCGUGGCAGAUCCAAGCCCUGCCAUCAACUCCUUCGUGGACUAUGCCAUGAAGGAGCACGGCGUGAAGCGGUUUGUAUUGUGUGGAGGAGAGACAUUGAAGAAAGGAGGUCCCUUCGUUGGUACCGUGUGGUCGCACUUGGAGGAGGUCGGCGCAGAGUAUUUGGUACUUCUGCCUACUUGGUUCCUCGAGAAUUAUUUGGACUGGUUCUACCUCCCCCUCAAGGACGAGAACAAAAUCUACACAUGCGCCGGGGAUGCGACUAUGGCUUUCGUUAGCUCGGAAGAUAUUGCGGCUUUGGCUAUCAAAGGACUCACCUCCGAGAAACCAUUCAACUGCGAUUUCACGGUCCACGGCCCAGAACUGGUAACCCACGAUCAGCUGGCAGAGAAAUUCAGUAAAGUCCUUGGGAGGAAGAUCGAGCACGUGAGGGUUACUCAGGAGAAAAGAGCGUCGAUGCUGGCGGAAGCUGGGUUUCCCGCCGCGUUCGCGCAGUUUAUCGCGCAUUUGGAGGCCAAUGUAUGGAAUAAAGAAGUGGAUGAAGCCACCGCGCGGGUUACUGGGAAGAAGUUGUUGACUUGUGAUGAGUUCAUCGCAAAGCAUAAGGCCGCUUGGUUGUAG